GUAGCGAGUGGUGUGUGUGCCGUGGUGGUAUUCGUGCAGUGACUGUUGUUGCUGCGAUUUUCCGCGUCGCGAUCGAGUACGAGGAGGGGACGAAGAAUCCGGUUUGCUGAGUCGGGGCGGCGGCCGUGUCGCGCGUUUCAACACGAAACUUAUCUCCGUCGCUCUCUUUUCACGGGCUUGCCGCCGCGCGAGUGCCGCCGCGCUUCGUCGACGGACUAUUUGAAGAUGGCGCGGGUAAUAAGGGCCGUGGCCGCGUUCGGCGUCGUCCCGUGAUCCCGUGUGCGGCGGGGUGGCCGCGUCUCCACGGAAUUCGAACGGCAGUUGUUUACGUGCCUGCGCGCGCGCGAGACUCGAUUCACCUUGUUCGGUCGGUCCCGUCUGCUCUCGUCUCUCUCUCGGUGCAGUUGAUUAUACAGACAGUGCUCGUGCGUCGUUCUCGCGACCCGGACUCGACGGAAACAAGGGAGAAUCGGCGAACAGGAGGAGGAAGCGAACGGACGGUUGUCGCGGAGACCAAGCCCUGUUCGGCCCUGAUCGCCCGUGUCAUUGUUCGCCGUAAGCGGCGGCUCUACCGCAUUGGUGCUGCGUGUGCUGCGGACAGAAGCUGCGUCUUCGCGUUUUUGUACAGGUUCACGCGCGAAUAAAGCGGUAACAUGCCGGAGGAGCAGAAAACCGCUGGUGCUCCAGCAGAGGCAACGGCGGAGAAUGGGACCGGGACGAAUUCGCCCACGAAGAGUCCAGUUAGCAAGGGGAAGAUGGCUCUCGCCAAGGUUACCCUCCUCGACGGUACCGUUAAGGAUUAUUACAUCGACAGGAAGGCGAGAGGCCAAGAACUUCUCGACAUGAUCUGUCAGAGCAUGAAUCUGCUGGAGAAGGACUACUUCGGUCUCAUCUACGAGGACAGGCACGACCCUCGCAAUUGGCUGGAUCUGCACAAGAAGAUCGCGAAAUUCGUGAAAAACGAGCCGUGGAAGUUUAACUUCGAGGUGAAGUUCUAUCCACCGGACCCGGCGCAGCUGCAGGAGGACAUCACGCGUUAUCAGCUGUGCCUGCAGAUCAGAAACGACAUUAUCACCGGCCGCUUGCUCUGCUCCUUCGUGACGCACGCUCUCUUGGGCUCUUACCUGGUGCAGUCGGAGGUCGGGGAUUACGACCCCGAGGAACAUGGGAGAACGUACCUGAAGGACUUCAAGUUCGCGCCUAACCAAACGCCCGAGCUCGUCGAGAAAGUGAUGGACCUUCACAAAACGCACAAAGGUCAGACACCCGCCGAGGCGGAACUGCAUUAUCUCGAGAACGCGAAGAAACUGGCCAUGUACGGCGUGGAUCUUCACCCCGCGAAGGACUCGGAAGGCGUCGACAUAAUGUUAGGUGUGUGCGCCUCGGGCCUCCUCGUCUACAGGGAUCGCUUGAGAAUCAAUAGGUUCGCCUGGCCGAAGAUACUGAAGAUCUCCUACAAGAGACACAACUUCUACAUCAAGAUCAGACCGGGUGACUUCGAGCAGUUUGAAUCCACGAUCGGAUUCAAGCUGGCCAAUUACAGAGCAGCGAAGAAAUUGUGGAAAGUGUCGGUGGAGCAUCACACUUUCUUCAGACUUAUGAGUCCGGAGCCUGUGAAGAAGGUAGGAUUGAUUCCGCAUCUGGGAUCUCGUUUCCGAUAUUCUGGAAGGACUCACUACGAGACGAAAAAGACUCCUAUCGACAGGCAACCUCCGCAAUUCGAGAGGUCCUUGAGCGGCCGACGACUUGCCUCCAGAAGCAUGGAUGCGUUAGGUGGGCCUAAACCAGUCGAAACGUAUGGUUCAGAACCGAGCAAACGACACACCAUGAGUUAUGAGCCUGAAAUGCUUCCCGACGAUAUAGAGCAUAUAGACCGACGGCCUAGUCCAAUCAAGAAACAGAAAGAGAAGCUCACACGAAAAACAAGUGCUGGAACAACAUCAGCCAGCAGCACCAGUAGCCUGGAGGGGGAGUACGAUGCGGAUCGCGGGAGAAAGAAACCGGUCGGAGGAAUCGCUGUCCUACCGCCCGGUGGUCUGUCAAAGAAGAAGAAGGAUAAACAGAAUGAGAAUGAGAAGGAGAAUCAUAAUGAUCUGAAUAAUUCCGAUCUGAUUAAUGACAAUGCUCGUCUCGACAACAUCGACGACAAGUCGUUGUCGAAAAAAGAAAUGAAAAAGAAGGACAAGGAGACGCCGGAAAAGACGGACAAGGAAAAGAGGGAGAAAAUCAAGAGUCCCGUCGUCGGCGGUUUCCUGUUCUCCAAGAAGGACAAGGAUAAGAAACAGAAAAAGAACAAGGAGCCAGACGAGUCGGUGGAGAAGAUCGACGCGGAGUCGAACCUCUCCACGCUGGAGAAGCAAGGAAAGGAGCCGGAGAAGAGAACAACAGCGGACACGGAGAAGGCGCAAGAGCCCGUGGCGAUUCCGCCGCAGCUGCCGGUCUACACGAAGCCUUACGACUACGAGGAAACGGAGACAUCGCCCACGAAGAAGCCGUACACCCCGCACGGAUUCUCGUACGAGGACAGGCCGGCGUCGCCGGGAGUGCAAGACAAACAAUCGCCCACCUCGGCCAGUCGAAUGGCCACCGGAUUGGCCUUCAACUACGCCCCGGGCGAGGAGAAGAAAGUCGCCGAAUCCGCGGAGAAGAGGAAGAUCAAGGAAGCGGAUAAGCAGCCGCCGCCGCUGGCGGCAGGCUGGAAGACCCCGGGGCUCAACUACGUGGAGUCCGCCGGCAUGAAGGAGCAGCAGAAGAGUACCGCUCAGCCGGACGUCGACCCUACGACAGCCUUCAUCGCCGGAGAACGCGAACACGCGGUCGAGGACGCCGCCAGCCAGGCGAUGACGUUUCCGCCGGUGGAGCCCAAACCGGACUACCACAUCUUGCCCUUGCCCGACGGUUCGAUGGUAAUCGCCGGUGUGAUUCAUACCAAAGAAGGCAGGCCGUUAGAUCAGAGCCACCUCGGACCGGACGGUAGCAGGGUGAUGGACGGCAAGGUCUGCGGGAAGGACGGUAAACCGUUGAAAAAGGCCGAACUCGGGCCGCACGGGGUGUACAUUAACAACGGCGUGAUCAGCAAGAAGGACGGCAAACCUCACCAACAGCAGGUGCUCGGCACCGACGGGAAUUCCAUCAAGAACGGCCUGAUCUGCUCGGCCAACGGCGAAGUUGUGAAGCAGUCUCUCCUGGGGCCCGAUCACGCGAGCGUGAAGGAAGGCAAGGUGUUGGCGAAGAACGGCAAACCGGUGCCGCAUUGCACGCUGGCCGCGGACGGCUCGUACGUGAAGGAGGGUCUCGUAUUCGGCCCGGACGCGAAACCGCUGACAGAGGGAUCGUACGGUAUCGACAACGCCUACGUGGUCGCCGGUGUGGUGUGCAACGAGGAGGGCAAGCCUCUCCAGCAGAUCGCGCUGGUGCCCGACGACACGUUCAUCUGCGACGGGCUGAUCCACGGGGCGGACGGACGGCCGCUCAGCACCGGGAAACUCGGCCUCGACGGCCACUACGUCGCCGAGGGGAAGGUCUACUCGAAGGACGGCAAGCCGAUCAAGCACGAGUCCUUCAGCUCGGACGGCUCCAGCGCGAAGGACGGUGUGAUCUACUCGAAGGACGGCAAGUUCCUGACUCAAGGCUCUCUGCUGCCGACCGGUGCCCACCUGAAGGACGGCAAGGUGGUCGGUAAGGACGGCAAGCCCGUGAAACACGCGUAUUACAAGCCGGACGGCAGCUUCGUGAAGGACGGCGUGAUACACGCGAGAGACGGCAGGCCGUUGAGCCAGAUCCCGCUGAUAGCAGACGGCAGCUCUAUCCAGGAGGGAGUGCUGUACGACCGAGACGAUAAGCCACUGUGCCAGGGCCUCUUCAAGCCGGACGAUCUCGUGAUCAAAGAGGGACUCGUGUACAACGCCGACGGCACGGUGCUGUCGAACGCGACCCUCGGCCCCGACGGUCAUCUGCUGAAAGACGGCGUGGUCGUCGGCAAGGACGGCAAGCCGCUGAAGCAGGAGUCGUUCGGCUCGAACGGCAGCUGCAUCAAGAAGGGCGUGGUGCACGCGAAGAACGGCAAGCCGCUCAACCAGGACUCCCUGGUGCCGGAGGGCGCCACCAUCCGGGACGGCAAGGUGUACGGUAAGGACGGCAAGUUGCUCAAGUUCUCGUUCUUCAAGCCGGACGGAAGCUACGUGAAGGACGGCCUCGUCUACGGCGGCGACAACAAGCCGUUGAACCUGAACGCUGCCUUGCCGACCGACUGCUUCAUCGCGAACGGCGUGAUAUUCGAUCACUCGGGCCAGCCUCUGAGUCGGGCGACCUUCGGCUCCGACGGCUCGUACGUCGCCGGUGGGCUGAUCCACGGCAAGGACGGCAGGAUCGUGCCGCAGGGCGUGUUCGGCCCGGACGGCAACACCGUGCGGAACGGCCUGAUCAUCGGCAGAGACGGCAAGCCGCUCACGCAGGACGACAAGGGCCCGGACAACCUAGCGGUGAGCAACGGCAAGAUCGUGGACGACGCGGGCAACCCGCGGAACCUGCCGUCCUUGGUGCCGGAGGGCUGCUACAUACAGGACGGGCUGGUGUACGACAAGAACGGACAGCUGCUGAAGCAGGGCGCGUUCAAGCUGGACGGCUGCUACAUCCGCGACGGCCUCGUGCACGGCUGGGGCGGCCAGCUGCUGAACGCCGGCUCCGAGCUGCCGAUCGGCAGCUACGUCGAGAACGGCAGGAUCUACGGCAGGGACAAGAAGCCGCUGAAUCACGCGGCCUUCGGCACCGAGGGCGGCUACGUCGAGAACGGUCUGAUCCACGGCAAGGACAAGAAGCCGCUCGGCCACGGCGUAUUCGGCAAGGAUGGCAGCUACAUACAGAACGGCCUGCUGUACGGGCCGCACGGCAAGCCGCUCAACAAGAGGCAGACCGUCGUCACCGUCACGAAGGUGCGCUACGGCUUGGUGUGCGGCGACGACGGCAAGCCCCUGAGGUCGGGUUACUUCGACGACGAGGGCAACGUCGUGCGAGACGGCAGGAUCUACGAUCCGACCGGCGAGCGUCUCAAUCGGAACAUCUACGACGGCGGCUUCAUCAAGGACGGCCUGAUCUACGGGCGCAACGGGAAGCCAUUGUCCCAGGGCGUCCUGCCGCCCGAGAGCAGCUUCGUCAAGAACGGCAAAGUCUACGACGCGAAUGACCAGCUUCUGACCGCGGAGGCCUUCGGGCCGGAAGGCCUCAGAAUCGUGCAGGGCGUCGUGGUGGACAAGACCGGCAAGCCGGUGAAACAGGCCGACUUCGACGGGGAAGGGAACGUGGUGAAGGACGGCGUCAUCGUCUGCGCGGCCAAUGGGAAGCCGCUCGACAAGUACUUCACGACCAUCACGAUCGCGAUGGUGCGCCGCGGGCUGGUGUGCGACAAGGACGGCCGGGCGAUCGCGCGGGCGCCGUUCGGCAACGACGGCGGCUACGUCCGGGACGGCAAGAUCUACGACAAGCAUGGCAAGCCGUACAAUCAGGAACUGUUCCUCGAGGACGGCUCGUACGUGAAGGACGGCGUGAUCUUGGGUAACAACGGUCAGCCGGUGGAGAGCGCGAGCUUACCGAAGGAUCUGCAGGAAUCGCCGUCGAAGUCCGUGACGAAGCUGAAGAGGCCGCCGGUGCCGGCGACGAUACCGACGAUCGUGAAGACGACUACCAAGCAGUCGGUGGUGAAGGAUCAGGAGGGCGUGACGCAGAAUAUUCAGGAAAAGAUCGAGGACCUCACGCCGGGCGGCACAGGCCAGGUCACGGUCUCCACUCACGUCAACAAGGCAGAGGCACCGGAUGACGGUAGAGCUCCAUACAUGACAGCGACGGCUGUCACCACGCGCACAGCUACCAUGCACGAGGACCUCGAAAAGAACCAGAAGACGAGUCAGGUAGAGGAAAAGACUGUAGCGCACACGACCGCGACCAGCGCGACGAGGCAGGAGCAGCGAGUGGUGACGCAGGAAGUUCGAACCACGAGCCACGUGCUUUCCGGCGAGCAGCUGUUCUCACGAAGACUAAGUACGUCGAGCUCGAGCAGCGGAGAUUCAGGCACACCGAUCGAUCUCGACGAUGACCAGCAAGCCUUCUACAAUCAAUAUUAUCAGGGAGACCCAGCGGGUGUGAUCGCGACUGAAAAGCACGUUUACACGGGCGAACCGGACAGUAACGUGACAACGACGACCACGGUACCUGUAGUGGCGACCGAGACGAGGAAAGUAGCUCUCGAGAGCGAAGACGGUAACUAUAGCGCCACAGGAGAGAUCGUCAGCACACAGACCAUAUCUAGUAAAACCCGUACUGUCGAGACUAUCACGUACAAAACCGAGAAGGACGGCGUAGUCGAGACACGAGUGGAACAGAAGAUCACAAUACAAUCGGAUGGCGAUCCGAUCGACCACGACCGAGCUUUGGCGGAGGCAAUACAAGAAGCUACCGCCAUGAAUCCGGACAUGACGGUGGAGAAAAUAGAGAUACAGCAGCAAACGGCGCAGUAAUGGUUUCAUUAAAAGAAAAAAAAACAGAGGGGGAAGAAGAAAACUAUUUAACGCAUACACAUUAACAAGAAAGGGCACUCUUGGUCUGAAAAGAAAAAAAAAUACAGACAACACGCGAAGGUAUCGUAAUCUUAGAAACUGAUCUUAGGGAAAAGAGAAUUGGUAUUUACACUACGUAUUAUAUACAUGUAUAUUGUGCACGCACCUCGUCGUAUGCGUGAUAUAUAAAAAAAAAAACAACAACAAAGUCAGACUGAAGUAUAUACGCUAACGUCAAUAAGUCUAUAAAUAUUCCUUAUCGGGUUAAUAUAUUGAAGCAAGAAACAAUAUUAAGCUUUAUAUACCUUUCCCCCCCUCCUCAUAAGGGUCGGGAAAAUUUUCGCUUACGGCUUGCCGCGACGACUCGAGCUUAAACUCGAUUGAAAAUCGAGUUUCUGAUAGACAGAACGAACGACGAAGCAUCGACAGGAUCUUUUCAAUGAAGAGAAUGGUACCUCGUACUAUAAAACUAUACAGUGUUCAUAUUGAAAUGAUUAAGAAAGUGUGUAUUUACAUGUACGAGAAAUAAAACGGGAGAAAGAGAGAGGGAGAGAGAACAUAAAUAAAACAUUAUACAUAUAAUGUAUACAUAGCCACGUGUAUGUGUAUAUAAACGAACGAAUAAGUUAUUUAUAGUUACGGCGAUAACUAUAGAUAAUGAAAGACGGGGUGCCCUGCAACUUAAAGUUUCGAUAAUGAAUAUUUCAUAGCGUAAAGAGGAGGAGGAGGUGGUUCAUAGUCAUACACAGAGAGUAUCCGAUUGCGAUGCAACAAUUAUUUGGAAUUUUGCAGUCGGGUAUAAUUGUCGGAGACGUUUCAGAUCGAGAUAUCAAUGUCGAGAUGUCCAUAUAGUCAACCAAGCCUACCGGAAGCAUGUUCGCCCUCGAUCUAUCUGAACUCUCUAUCCUGGGUAUCGAUCACGUAACUUUUCCCUAAGACGGCAACGUGAAAAGUGAACAUUCCAAGUGUCUUCAAAUUAAAAA